AUGGCAGCGCUGGGCGCAGUGCGGCAGUGUGCACUCUGCAGCUGGCCAGCCAUGAUGAGGUCUCUGCUUCUGGCAAUUAUUUUGUAUCAAGAACUUCUGGCAGGCCUCGUCCUAGCUGAUAAAUGGAUCGAGCAGCCAGAGACAGAGGCCACUGAACCUAUUGUCACAUACGUGCCUUGGCUUAAACUCAAGGAGGGUCUGAAUCCACUCUAUAAUUUAAAUAUCCAGUUGCAGGAAGUGGGCCCUCCCUUGCCUGUGCGUAAAUGUCGCCACGACCUCUCCCCCUGUCCCUCAAAGAAAUUCUGGGGUAUGAAAACUGAGGAGGAGGAGGAAAUAAAUAUGUGUGUGUUCAAUGAAGAUGAACCUGGGAAGAAAAAGAGACUUUACUUACGCUUCAUGGAACAUGCCAGCUGUGAGUGUCAACACUGGGCUAAAUAUAUAAAAAAAUUGAAAACUGACAUCUUUAUCCUUCCUAAAUUCCUCAACGCGACACUACUGGGGGACUGUGCCGAGAUGACCAACGAAGCAGUGCUGUAUUCCUCGAUCCUGCCACUGCUUUCCUCAUCACUUUUAGUUUCUAUUCUCAGCUUCUUUUUAUAGGUCAGGUAGAGUCUCAAUACAAUACAGAGACUACUGCACCGACAACAUGCUCCCUUUUUAAAACAACCUUAUGAAUGCUAACUGGGAUCUUGUCUAUGCCUCCGACAACCCUAACGUGAACAGCUGCAACUUCUCUUGCAUCUUCAAUGCUUGCUUUGAUAAAUGCUUCCCACUCAAGACUAAGUCAGUGAAAUCUGUAUCCCCACGCCUGUAAUGGCCCUUGUUUCAUAAACAUAAGAAUUAUAUAAAUGGGUUAAUUACAUUUGAUUUAUAUACUGAGUCAUCCCCUGUGACUUUCCACUGGCUAUGAGGUGACAUGUUCAAUGCACGUGAUAAGGUGUGCCCACGGGAAGCUGCGUCAUACUAUGCUGAGUAAAGGCAUAAAGUAGCCGGCUCCUGGCCACCCAAAGUGGGCAGUCGCUUGAUAUUUGUAAUUCGAAACCCAUUCCCCAAAUAUGUAACUGUAUAUUUUCAGCCUUCUGGCUGCCAAGCUCUUUCAAUAAACCAUUAAUUAUUA